CAACGCAACACCUCACACACACGAUCCUCACCAUGCACAUGGUCCUCUAGAAACAGUGCAUGUAUUGGCUCAAGCCGGCGAGCUUUGAUGUCAAACGAUGCUGCAACCUCAUCUCUGCCAACAACAACUCUACUGGAGGGCGGAAAUGGCCAGCUAGCAGAAGCCUUAGCCUCCCUCUCGAUCGAUGGCCGGGAGCCUGGCUUCACUCAGGAGCAGGCAGAGGCGCUCCUCGCCUACUGCGAACGCGAAGCUCAGCCAGGACACAACCCACAUAGACUUGUCUUCCGUGGACUGGCCACAUAUCUGAAUGUUGCCGGGAAAAGCUCCCAGCCCCUUGACGCGGGUGCUGAUUUUGCGAAGAGAGUGCUCAAAGUGGUCAUCACCGCUCUGAAACACGCCCUAUGUACCGACCGCUCAAGAGGGUCAUCCGAGGACAUCAUGGAGCAGGCUUCCUUGCUGAGCGCUGGCCUCAAGGCAAUACAUGCUGCGUUUCUCUCCAAAGAAGCAGAUGGCGCAUAUUGCAUUACGUUGGACCAGCCUGAUCUGUCUACUGCUGUGGAGCUAUUACUUUCCUGCGCACAUUACCUUCCUCGUCUGCCGACGUCUCAAAGUUCUACCAUAAGGACGUUCGAGCCCAACAGCUUCCCAAGGAGAGGUUCUGCUGUCAGUCUACGCGCAGAAAGCCUCUACGGGACAGACGACGGUACGGAUUGGGGCUCUGAUGUCACAACUUCUCAAGCGCCUUCAACGGAGGCUCAACAGCGGAAGAAGAUCUCUAGCACAACUCGAACAGUCAGGCAAAACGCAGUCUCCUGCUUGGCCGCUCUGAACGAGAUCGUGCCCGCUCAGCUGUUCUCACACUGGCCGAAAGUACUCUCCCGUACCUCUCCUUCCGUGAUGCGACUGUCCGGGCCUCUGAAUGCAGCUCCACAUUCAGAGCCCAUCCUUUCGGUGAUAUGGACCGACCCAGUACUUAGCGUUCGACUAGGUGUCUGUCAUUUGCUCGAGAGCAUGUUCAAGCAGGCGAGAGCACGGGGCUUCCUGCAGAGCGGAGUGGUCGAACAGCUGUACGGAGGGAUUGGCUCACGAUUCACGUCCCUGUCCGCUCGUAUGGGCUCCCUCGUAUCAGAGGUCAGGUCCUUCAUGGUGGACUUCCUAGAGGUAGCUGCUGGUGGUGCGUCUUCCGCUCGGUCAGCUCUGCGGGGCGAACGCUCAACUCCACCUGCUGCCCUCGUAGAAGCCAUGUUGCGAGCCACUAGUACGUUCAUUAUAGCGACGCGUCUCGCAAAGCUCAAGAAAUCACAUGCAGACGUGCUGCGAGACCCUAUUCUGCGUCUGACAUCUCAUGCAGAGCCAGGCAUCGCUAUCGCAGCUUUCAAUACUUUGUCUACUCUGACAAAAGCCUCAGGAGCUGCGACGAGUAGCAGACAGGCGUCUCGCGCGUCGCAUUCGAUUGUUUCACCGCCGAGCAGUGCGAGCUCAUACACUCACGAUCAGGAAGGAAACUCGGCGGCUGUUUCAAGCUUGAUGCGGCGGCUCGGGGAGGAUAGCUCGAAUCCAGGCGUGCUCGCAGAAGCCUGGCAUGCUCUGCUCGGUUUUGCUCAGCAGAAGCCCUUGAACAUCGCGACGCAUCAAGACUGGCUACAUCAGCGCAUCUCGAAGCACCUCACAUCCAACGAUCAGUCCCUGAGACACGCUUGUGUGACAUUCCUCGUCUACAUGGCUCGCACGACAGCUAGUACUGAAGACGCGACAUCGCCGACCGUGCUUGAUUUGCUGACUCCGGCAGCUGAUGACGUCUCACCUUUGGUUCGCGCAGAGGUGCUGCAGGCUCUUCCAAAUCUGCUCGCAUCAGAACCAAAUAAUGAUCAAAUCCGAAAUCUCCUCAAUAGGCUGAUCGAAGACGGCGAGGGCACAGUCAGGGCCGCAGCUAUAAGGGCCGUCGGCUUAUUGCUCGUGCCAGGAGGAGACAUCGAAGACGGCCAGGCCGCAAAGCCUUUGCCUCCCGCCAUUGCUAUACCAUACGCCGCCGAGGCUCUUGGGCUGGAUAUCGACAAUCAGACCCACUCAAGUAUGGCGCCGACGUCUCCUCUGACGGACACUAUGCUCCUCGUGCGGCUCCGAGCAAGCUGGACCCUUGGCAACCUCUGUCAAUCAAUCAAAAGUCUCGCCUCUCCCUCUGCAUCGCCUAGCACUCCUCAUCUGCUCCUAAUUCUCCUGACGGCCUCGACCAAGCUUCUCUACGACGACGAGCGCAUCGCGAUCAAUGCGCUCCGCUCCACCGGUCUAGUCUUGUCCAUCGUAGAUGCUCAGUGGCUACACGACAAAAAAUCUAUCGCCCUUUCUCCGCGGAGUGUGCACAUGGAGCGAGCGCUAAGAGGUCUUCUGCAGGCAGUGAGAGCAGCCAAGAACCCAAAGACGAAGUGGAAUGGACUUAACGCACUGCAGGCCGCCCUCUCCAAUGAGAUCUUCCGCCAAUGGCUCAACUCAACUUCGACCGCAAUCUCGACCGCAACCUUGACCUCGACCUCGACCUCGACUUCAUUUCCGGUCUUGGCCGCUGGGGACAGGCACGGCGAGCUCCAUGGCCAGGUCAUACAUCUCCUCUCUGAGCACCUGGCGCACAAGACGUUCAAAGUCAAGCUCGCCGCAAUUGGCUCUCUCCUUCUGAUGCUCCCUCUCCCUCUUCCGACCCUGACACCUCCAGGCCUCGACCUCGGCCUUGAGACGUCCGCCGCCACCGAGACCGAGACCGAGACCGAGGCCGAGGGGAACAGGGAGCAGAGUCUCACUUCAGCAGUGCAAGAGGCGCUUCAGCGACUGGAUGCAGAGGUGGCAGAAGGCAACUUUGCCGAAGUUGGCGUCCAUGGCGUAUCUGUUCGACGUGGCUUGGAGGAGCUCAUGGAGCGCCUUGCUUGCCCUGUCUGAGGCUGGAGAUCAGACGAGGAUGAGCGGAAGUGGGAGUGAAAGAAAAAAGGUAGUUGGGUAGUGAGAUUUGAGAUUUGUAUAUAAGCAAGUGGUAAGAAUGAGACAAGCAGGAACUACUAG